AUGGAAGCUUUGCUGGAUUCAGGAGCGGGUAUCAGCGUGAUUAACUCACCAGAGUUGGCCGAGCAGUAUGGAUUAAAAAUCCUCCCAGCAGCAGUUCGCGUAAGCACAGCUGACGGGACGGAGUAUAAGUGUUUGGGAUAUUUGAACAUCCCAUUCACCUAUAAAAAUAAAACAAAGGUGAUACCGACGAUAAUCGUCCCUCAAAUCUCCAGGUCUUUGAUCCUGGGUGCCGAUUUUUGGGAUUCAUUCGGUAUUCAACUAAUGAUCGAUGUGAGAAAUGGGCCAGAGAAGAUCGAGACAUUGGAAACCAGUACAAACUCGCUUCUCUGUUACAAUAUUGAACCAACAGGUGAACUACCGAAAUUGGAGCAGAAAGAUACCGACGAAACACUGGACAUUCCAACAAUGGGCGAGAUUCUCGAACCAGUUCCGGACACAGUUGAAACGGAACAUGAGCUUAACGAAGCUCGACGUGCUGAGUUGGUCGAAGCGAUAAAACAAUUUGACUGUACUUCCCCGGGAAAAUUAGGCCGUACGAAUUUGAUUCAGCACGAGAUUAUCCUUAAGGAGGACGCAAAACCAAGGUUCCAACCAGUUUACAAAUGCUCCCCAUUCAUUCAGCAAGAAAUCGAUGCAGAGAUAGAGCGUUUCAAAAGUUUAGAUGCGAUCGAAGAAUGUUACAGCGAAUGGACCAAUCCACUAGUUCCGGUCAGGAAGGCGAAUGGGAAGAUUCGCGUUUGCCUGGACUCACGACGAAUUAAUGCGAUGACGGUGAAAGAUGCAUACCCGAUGCAGAACAUGCAGCACAUCUUCCAUCGUCUCGGACAUGCGAAAUUCUACUCAAUCAUAGAUUUGAAGGACGCAUAUUUUCAGAUUCCAUUGAAGGAGCAAUUAUACUGCUUUUCGAACCUCAAAAGGGUUGUUCCGCUUUAA